AUGGACGGCUUUCUGAAGGUUAUCCUUACACUUGGGGUGAGCUCAGUGGUAACCACUGCUUAUCUACCCACAAUUCCUGAGACUAAUCAGAACAUAUCAGCCCUGGCAAUAGCCUGCACUGACUACUACAACAAUGGAUCCAGUGAGGACUCAAUCUUCCAGCUAGAUGGCACCGAACAUGGAACAUUAAUAGUAAGUAUCGUGACUGGUCUAUAGUAUACACUGCACCAUACAAUAUACUAAUGCUGUAACAAAGUAACAGAGACAAAUAGGAAGAGACAGAGACAGGGACAACACAUGAACAAAUAAAGACACAGAUAGCGAGAACAGACCAAGAAAUUGUCACCAAUAGCAAAGACAGUCAGAAAAGGCAACGACAGACAGUGACACAGAUAGCGAGUACAGACAGAUAUGUAACUAGAUAAACAGACAGAUAUUGAAUGAUAGAUUAUAUCCAUUAUAUAAUAAUAUUAUAGAAUAACCAUUAUCAUUACAUGUGACCUGCGUCCAGAUUCUUCAUUUAUUUCAUGAAUAGGACAAAGAUCCGACCUUCCAACAGCUCACUUUCAUAAUAAAGGAGACACGGUGUAAGAAAUCAGAGGAAAACAUCAACAAGCCGUGUGCUUUCAAAGAGGACGGAGUAAGUUACCUGCUCUUAUUAUCAACACUAACUCUGUGUAUUAUAACAUAACUAUAACAUGUAAAACACUGGGACUGAACGAAGGUGGAGGAAAUAUUAAUGUAGAUAAAUCCACCAUUUGGAGACAGAGUUAAACAUAUACAAAGCAAACAAUGUUUAUACAGAUAUAUAUUUUAUUUAAAAUAUUAUAAAAAUAUAGGAAUAGCAAAUUGCACUUUAACCAUAAAGUGAGGAGAAUGAAAUAACUAAAUAUGGCAAAAUAAUCUUAAAAGGGGAAACUGUCACUUCGCCUUCACAAUGCUCACGUAUCCCUAUAUUAGAUAAAUACGCAUAUGUGAAUUGUGAUAAAUAAGAUAUUACAAGAUCCUAAUUUCAUCUAUUUUACAUAGAACAUUGAAAAUAUAAAUAAAGUUAUCAAGUUGUAGGUGAUUUUCAAUGUAUUCUUCAAUCUUCUCAAUUGAUGGAUCCCAUUUAAGUAUAAAAAGAAUUACAUUUAAAACUAAAAUAGCCUUAAAGUAGAUAAAUAGAAAUAUAGAUAAUUUGAACAUUGUAUUUAUGUUUGAAUGAUAGGUUUUCUAUAAUUAUGAAAAUAGGUUGUUAAAAGGCAUUCCCAAAUACAAAUAUACAAAAUGUAAAACUCCCAUUACCCCUGGGCGGCAGCAGUGACUAUAGUAAAUAUCAGCCCCAAUACCUACAAGAAAAAAAACUACUUGUGCUCUAUCCAAAUCCCUGCGCACAUUUAAAUAACUGGAGGUAUUUCAGUAUCACUCCAAUGGCCGUUAGAGUGUAAGCUCAACUGCCAUGUCAAGGAAAUCAAGGAAAGGUUUGUCCUACACCAAGGUAGAGGGAUUUGGGUCCUAAAUAUGGACAUUUGGGAUGUAUGAUAUUGUGUGAUCUAUCUCCAAGUGUUCAUUGUAAAUCAGGAACUGGUGUAUGAGGGUAACAACUGAUACAUUUAUUGUGUACAAACACAGCUACGGGAAUAAAAGCAAUGUAGCUUUAAAUGGAGGUGUUUGGGGAUAUUUGAAAUAUUUUUGAAAUGUUGAGCCAUGUGUUCUGAAUGGAUUCACUCAUAACAUUGAUAUUUCAUUUGUCAACUGACUCUUCAUUUAAUUUCUAUGAGAUUGCUUCUAUAUCUGUAAUUUUCACCUGGUAUAUAAAGAAAUAAAGUAUAAAGUAAAAAAAAAAACAAGAAAAGGAAUUGGAAAUUGGUCUAGAUAAUAAUUCUUGUUUUGGGGUAGAACAUUGGUUUAAAAAUAGAGUACAGAGAGUUGUCAUUACUGGUACAUUUUAAGGCUGGACAGAGGUGGUAAGUGGUGUCUCUCAGGGUUCUGUUUUGGGACCCAUUCUAUUUAACAUAUUUAUAAAUGAUCUUGAAAUAGGCAUUGAAAGUCAUGUUUUCUUGUUUACAGAUGACACAAAACUUUGUAAAGUAAUAAAAUGUGAGCAGGAUAUUGCUUUGCUGCAGAGGGAUUUGGAUAGACUGGGGGACUGGGCACUAAAAUGGCAGAUGAAAUUUAAUGUAGAGAAAUGCAAAGUUAUGCACUUCGGGGUAAAGAAAGCACAAGCAACUUACACCCUAAAUGGUAGUGAAUUAGGGAUAACAACACACGAGAAGGAUUUGGGAAUUGUUAUAGACAACAACAUAGACAACGAUAUGCAAUGCCAAUCUGCCGUGGCUAAGGCCAGUAAGGUUUUGUUAUGUAUAAAAAAGGGCAUUCAUUCUCGGGAUGAGAAUAUCAUUUUGCCUCUUUAUAAAUCGCUGAUAAGACCACACCUUGAAUAUGCUGUGCAAUUUUGGGAACCUGUUCUAAAGAAGGAUAUUAUGGCACUAGAAAAAGUGCAGAGACAGGCUACAAAAUUAAUAAAAGGAAUGGAACAUAUCGGCUAUGAAGAAAGGUUAACAAAUUUAAACCUCUUUAGUUUAGAAAAACGUUGCCUGAGAGGGGAUAUGAUAACAUUAUACAAAUAUAUUCGGGGCCAAUACAAACCAUUGUGUGGAAAUCUAUUCAGAAACCGGACUUUACAUAGGACACGAGGUCACACAUUAAAACUGGAGAAGAGAAGGUUUAGUCUAAGGCAAAGGAAAGGGCAAUAAGGAUGUGAGAUUCUCUGCCUGAAGAAGAGCCUGUACAGAUGUUCAAACAGCUACUAGAUGCAUACUUGCAAAAACAGAAUAUUCAAGGAUAUAAUCUUUCAAUGUAGGGUAAUAACUGCUUGAUCCAAGGAUAAAUCUGGCUGCCAUUCUGGAGUCAAGAAGGAAUUUUUUUCCUAGUUUGCUGCAAAAUUACCGUAGUUUUAUUCUGUCUUUUUUUUUUUAAAUCAACAACAAAAAACAGAUGUGAGGAAGGCUAAUCUUGAUGGACACGUGUCUCCUUUCAGGCUAUAUAACUAUAUAACUAUGUAAAACAUAACAGGAAACACACUGUCCCAAAUCAUCCUAUUAGAAAGCUCUUCAUGUCUCAGUGCCUGCCCUGUCCUUGUAUUUACUGUGUUAUAACUGUGUCUCCAACAUAGGUGGUAAAGCAAUGCACAGCAUCCAUUUUCCCUGGAGACGGAGAGAGGAAAAUUCUCGUUACCUGCGACACUUUGUAUCAAAACGUACGUUUCUCUGUUACAUAAAGCGAAGUAUAAUUAGGAUGAUUGGAGCUUGGUUUAACCCCUUAAGGACACAUGACAUGUGUGACAUGUCAUGAUUCCCUUUUAUUCCAAAGUUUGGUCCUAAAGGGGUUAAAGACUAUACAAUUUACAUUAUGGAUACUGGAAAAGGUGAGAUUAAGUUACCUGAACCUGACCCUCAUGGGCCUCGCCAUCUUAUUUCGGCGGUCCUCUUCAGCUCCUGGUGAUUCAGUGGCAGGAACCGACGUCACUACUGUACUCUUGGACAUGUGCGACAGUAUAGCAUUGAGGACUUUGAAGUAUCAUGUGAGACUGCUGGAUACUUCAUAGAGAGAGCCAAUUCCCUGCAGCUGUCUCUUUUGCCGGCUGUCAGGAUUAAAACUGUAGCUUUGCCCAAAAUCAGACGGCGGAAAUAUACAGAGACAAACUAGUCCCUACGUUGUCUCGGUAUAUCACUUGAGUAGGUUGUAAUUUCAGUAAAAUUCAGUGAGAUUCUAUCUUUAUGAAAUGUUAAUUUCCCAGGGGCGUUAGGGGAGAGUGACAGUGCAGCUUUAAAAUUACACUCAGCAGCCCAAAUUAAAAAUAGAUUUAAAAAAAAUAAAUCACUGUUUAGUAGAUAUGUCCUAAAUGAAGACAUACAUGCAUUUAAUUAUGCAUUUUUGCAUGGGGGGGUGUCUAAAAACAGCUUGCAAAACCUGCAGUUCUCUUGUCUGCAGCCUUUGCAACCCUCCCCUUCUAACCCCACCCAUACUUUCUGUGGCUGUCCAAUCACAGAUUUUCCCCAAUGCAGCUCAAUAAGAAGUCUUUGCAAGGCAGGAGCACCGAGUAAUUGCUGCCUAUUAAGUUUUGCUCCACUGAGCUAACCAAACCAGGAAGUAACAGGACCUGUCAUCUGAGUGACAGCCAGAGGGUGUAAUCAGAUUAAUUUAUAAAAGUGCUAAUUUCGAUUGAAAGCUGCACUUUUUACAUAAUGAAUAAUAGAGGACACACUCUUCACACACAUAUAGCUUUUCAGAAAGCUAAAGUGCUUUAGAGGUGUGGAUUGUCACAUUUUUUUUUAAAAAUCUACUUGUCCAAGGGACAAAGCGAUAGUGCAAUCUACUUGUCCCGACACAAAUUAAUUUAAAUUACAAAUAUUGGAGCCCCUGCCAAGAGCCCUGGAUAUUGACAGGGGUGUUUGUAAUUCUGAAUUUUUACAAAUUAAUGUGUUUAUUUUACCACAGUUUUCCUCUUUCUGUUUAAAUUUACCCAUACAUUUUAUGUAUCAUGUUUUAAAGGAGAAAUGGGACUUUCUUUUGAUAUCCUACAUGUAUACAUAAUAAAAUAUUAAAUAGCAAAAAAAUACUAAAGAAUGGGAAUAAAUUAAAUAAACAAACCGUAGGUUUUACAUCUAAUAAUUUCUACACACCAAGUGCAAGUAAAGAAAAUUAACUAAAUAGAUUCACUAAUUAAUCCUGUUUCUUAAAAUGCCCAAAUUAACUUUUAGAAGUUCUCUAACAAAUACUGCAAGGAGUGAAUUAAGGUUUGGUAUGCAGACGUUACAACUUUUAUAGCAAUCACAGAAUCCAAAACUGCUAAACUAAAGUUUAUAUUUGUAGAAAAUACAUCCCUCAGGAUAUAUACGUAGUGCCAAAGAGAACAAGCAGAGUAAGAGAUCUAAAAAGUACCAGGUAGUAAAAAGUCUUAAAAGUAGUAAAAAUCCAUCUUCCACUAUUAGUAAAGUGCUCUUUGGACAGAGCGCAUUCAGACAGAGCUACCUUUGCUCUACAAAUUACGACCACAUAAAGAUUCCUUGGUGGGGAUUAUACCACCCACGUUUAAUACAGAGAGCGGUCAGUCUGCUCCAUCUAUUGUUAGUAUAUUUCUACAAUUUGCAUGUUAUACUUCCCACGGUAGAGAACACUAUUGGCCUUUUUCUUGAUAUUUUACAUGUUCCACUCCAUCAUCAUUCUGCUGUGAACCAUUACCUGAAGAAUAUCCUGCAAGUGGGGAUAUAAUAACAAAAUCAGUAUAACGAAGGUACAUACAAAUUAAGAAAUAAAAUAUAAUUAAAGUAGGGGCAGCUACAUACAGAGAUAAGCGACUAAAUGAGCAGUGAACUCAAAAUAAACAGAAUGGUAUGAGCGCUCCUAAUUACCAAACAUAAACAAAAUAAAAAUGAAUAUAAAUCUUUUAAUAAUUACCAGAUUUAAAAAACACUCAUAAGAUAAUAUCAAGCUGUUUCACAUCCUCAUAUGUAAAAAUUAUAAAUUCCGCUUGACAUUCAUACAAGAAGAUUAACAACUGAUAUACUAAGUAGCAGAUAUAUCAAGGAUAAAAAGCAUAAAAAACAUAAACAAUAUACAUAACAAAUAAAAAUAAAAAUAAAAAGUAUCUGACCUCGGUGUGAGCCCCCACCAGAGGUAAAAACUAAAUAGAAUCCAAAAGACAAGGGUAAUCAGAAAAUCCCAAAUGCCACCUAGAUGGAUCGGUAAUGGAGGGCAGCCGAGAGCACCUAAUUCGGAACAAACCUACGCCUUAAUACCGUGGUCGGGGUCUUCAAAAAAGACCACGGUAAUAAUUAGAUGAUACUGAAAUAAGGGCGUAGGGAGAUGCAUACAGAACAACGCUGCCCAGAAUGUAGAUGCCCUUGUUAAGUUACCGCGAGCGGGAUCUUCACAAAAGACCGCGGUAACCAGCCAGGAGAGGUAAGGCGCCAAACAGAAGGAUGGAACGGAGGUAUGGAAACAGCCAACAGGGAUAUGUGCACAGAUCAACGUGUUUCGUGCCAACUCUGGAACUUUAUCAAGACAACUAAAUGCUACACACCCAGGGUUUAAAUACCUUAUCUGGAUGAGACCAGAGAAUAAAUAAUAAAACCCGGACUGGAUUUUCAUAAGCAAUUAAUACAAUAACAGAAAAAAUAUACAUUCUAACACACUAGAAAUAAAUAAACAAUAGUAUUGAUAACAAUAGCAAUUUCAUACAAACAUAAAUUAAUAAAUAUACAUUCUUUAAAAUGUACAAUUACUUUCCAGAUACAUUCCAUUUACAUUAUAAGCCUCUUAUUAAUAGAACAGGGACAUAAAACCUCAAUAAACAGGAGAAUAUUUCUGACACAAUAAUAGAUUUCAGAUAUGCAAACAUAUAAACAUAUAGAUAUAUCACUGAAGUAUUAUGUCACAAUAUCUAAUAUUCACAACAAAAAGCCCCUCAAGUGGUCCAGCAUUGAAGUAAGAAAUCACGACUACACCAGAGAUCCUAAACAGCACUAAUAUACAAAAUUACAACAACAAAAUUAAAAGAGAAGUCUUAUAAAAUAUAAAUUGUAUAGAAAAUUGAAAUCGAACCACAAAAAGGGGGAGGGAAAACAACCAAAUAAUUGGCAGCACGAGCUCGUUAGAAUAAUUUGAGCUCCUGAUUCAGACCAUUAGGUGUUUAUGAAUCUAGUUUAAAGAUCCAUAAAGACUCUGCCCUGGUAAGAUCUCUCUUACUAAUGGCAGUAUCCCUCAUUGGAGGUAUAUGAUCAAUCCCCAUCACUUUAAUCAGAGUGGGGUCACUAUUGUGAAACAUCUCAAAAUGCUGUGCAACCGGAGAUCUUAUGUCCCUGUUUAAUAUGGCCAAUCUAUGCUCCCUAAAUCUAGAUUUUAGAGGUUUUGUGGUUUGACCAACAUAUUGUUGGCCACGAGGGCAAAUAAAAAGACGUACAACAAAAGAGGUAUUGCAGGUAAUCUUAUGAGCCACAACAAAUGUUUCUUCACCCUUAUAGGGUUUGAAUGUGGACACUUUAUGGCAAAUUAACCCACAUGUGAGACAUCUAUUUCGCCCACAACGCAUAUUAUUGAUACCAUUCUUGUCGAUGGCCCAUCAGUAUUCACACUCAAUUUAGAGGGGGCCAACAUAUUUUUCAGAUUAAGGGCUUUUCUAAAUGUAAUUUUAGGUCGUUCCGAAAUACUGAAACAUAACCAUGGGUCCUUUUUGAGGAUUGGCCAGUAUUUAAAAAUAAUGUCUAUGAUUUCAUCAAAUCCCCUAUUAAAUGUAGGGGUAAACACAGGAGUAGAACCUACACCCACUUCUUUGGUGCUGAUGUUAAACUUUGCCUUUCUCUUCUGCAGGAGAUAAUAUUUACCUAAGAGGUCGAGAAUUAGUUCAUGGUCAUUGGUAUGUUGUGCCUAUUCUAAAUUCGACUCCUGAACAGAUUGUAAUUCCCCACGAUUCAAAUUAACAGAUAGAUCUAUAAGGUCCUCUCUAUUCAUAGCUCCUGCCCUCAAAUAUGCUCUCCAAAUAUGCUCUGCAGGGUAUGCUUUUUCCAUAAAACAACGGCAUAAUAAGAGGGAUUCUCUCUCAUAAUCCAACAAAGAGGAACAAUUGCGCCUCAAUCUAAUAAAUUGACCAGAGGCUAUGUUAUGAAUCCAUGUUGGAUGGUGACCACUCUCCGCAUGUAAAUACCCAUUGACAUCAACAUUUUUCUGAUGUCUUGGUUGAGACCUUCCCUUAGGAACCGGUCAGGGUAAGGUCAAGAAAAUCUAUAGUGGAUAAGUGUCUAUGAGAAGUAAAGGCAAGUCCCCAUUAAGGUAAGAGAUAAAAUCUUCUAUUUCAUCCCAGUCCCCCUUCCAAAUAAUAAGAAUAUCAUCAAUGAACCUGCCAUAGAGGGCGAGCCGCCCCAUCCAAUGGGGGUUCUUCAAAAUCAUGAUGUUCUCCCAGAACCCCAUAAAUAAGUUGGCAUAGGAAGGGGCGAAACUCGCCCCCAUCGAAGUCCCCUUGAUUUGCAAAUAAAAAACUUAAUUAAAUUGAAAAUAAUUAUGCUUCAAAAUAAAUUCAGUAAACUUCAAAAUAUAAUCAGCCUGUAUUUCUGGAAGUAGUGGGUCAGAGGAAAGAUAAUGAGAAAGAGCUUUAAGACCAAGGGAGUGGUCAGUAUUAGAAUAUAGGGACACUACAUCUAUGGUUAUCCAACAAUAAUGAUCCAACCACUCCACUUCCCUAACAAGGGACAAAACAUAUCCUGUAUCUUUAAUGAACGAAGGUGGGUUCGGGACAUAUCUCUGGAGAUGAAAAUCUACCCAUUUAGAAAUAGGGGAAAUAAGGGAGCAUAAACCAGAAAUAAUUGGACGGCCAGGUGGAUGAGUCAGGGAUUUAUGGACCUUAGGCAGAUGGUAGAAAAUGGGAAUAUUACCUUGUGUCGCCAGAAAGAAGCCCAUUUCUUUUUUAUCAAUAUACCCAUGGAAGAAGGCCUGUUCUAUAAGGACUUUCAGUUCUUUUUCAAAUACCCUAGUACGGGGCUUCCCAAACUUUUUUUAUGGGCCGAGACCCACUUUUGAAAACGGUAAUUUUUUGAGACCCACUUGCUUUUAAUGCAUAUUUUAAAAAUGAAUAAACUUGGCACAUCACGACAGCUUUAAAGGCAUAAAACUGGUACAUCAUGGCAAUCAGUUAUAGAGGCAUACAAUUGGCACAACAUGGAAUUCAUCUUUAAAAGCAUACAAUUGGCACACCAUGACAAUCAGCUUUAGAGGCAUAACAUUGGCACACCAUGGCAAUCCUUUUUAGAUGCAUAAAAUUGGCACACCAGGAAAAUCGGCUUUAGAUGCAUAAAAUUGGCAUAUGGCAACUUUAGAGGAAUAAAAUUGUCACAUAAUGGAAAUCCGCUUUAAAAGCAUACAAUUGGCACACCAUGACAACCCGCUUUAGAAGCAUAAACUAGGCACACCAUGGCAAUCAGUUUUUGAUGCAAAGAAAUGGCACAUCAUGGCAAUCAGCUUUAGAUGCAUAAACUUGCCACAUCAUGGCAAUCAGCUUUAGAUGCAUACAAUUGGCACACCAGGACAAUCCGCUUUAGAUGCAUAAAAUUGGCACACCAUGGCAACCCGCUUUAGAUGCAUAAAAUUGGCACACCAUGGCAACCCGCUUUAGAUGCAUAAAAAUGGCACACCAUGGCAAUCAGCUUUAGAAGCAUAAACUAGGCACACUAUGGAAAUCAGUUUUAGAUGCAUAAAAGUGGCACACUAUGGCACUCAGUUUUAGAGGCAUACAAUUGGCACACCAUGCAAUCCGCUUUAGAUGCAUACAAUUGGUACACCAUGGCAACCCGCUUUAGAUGCAUAACAAUGGCACACCAUGGCAAUCAGCUUUAGAAGCAUAAAAGUGGCACACUAUGGCAAUCAGCUUUAGAAGCAUAAACUAGGCACAUCAUGGCAAUCCACUUUAGGGGCAUACACUUGGCACACUAUGGAAAUCAGUUUUAGUUGCACAAAAGUGGCACACAAUGGCAAUUUUAGAGGCAUACAAUUGGCACACCAUGGCAUUCAGCUUUAGAUGCAUAAACUUGACUCAUGGCAAUCAAUUUUAGAUGCAUAAACUUGGCACAUUAUGGCAAUGAGUUUUAGAUGCAUAAACCUGGCAUAUCAUGGCAGAUUGAGAGGCAUUGUUUUGGUAUAUUAUGGCAGUUUUAGAGGCAGAAAAUUGGCAUAUCAUGGCAUUUUUAGAGGCAUAAUUCUGGGAUUUGGCAGUUUUAGAGGCUUAAUUUUGAUAUAUCAUGGCAGUUUUAGUGGCAGAAACUUGGCAUAUCAUGGCAAUCUGUUUUAGAGGUAUACAACAAGUUACCCACAGACUCAGGCAGAAUCAGAAGCGCUGUGUUCCUCUCUUUCAUCCAGACAUCUCACGUUGAGUAUCCCAGUGGUAGAUCCCCAUCUGUCGGAGAACUCCAACAAUGCUAUGCCAGCUGAGGAUCUACCAUUUGCCCACCGUUGCAGGGUUGUAUUUGUGAGCAGUGUUUGAGCGUUUGAAUGUAAGCAUGUUUUUGUAUGAAGUAUAUGUGUUGAUGUAUGGGUGUAUUUGUAUGUACUGUUGACAUUGGAAUGUAGUGCUGUACUUGUGUGUAGUGCUUGCAUCUGAAUGCAAGGGUAUUUGUAUGUAGUGAUGCAUUUUAAAUACAGAUGUGCUUUAAUGUAUAGUGUUGGUGUUUAAAUGAAGGGCUGUUUAUAUAUAAUUUUAGUGUUUUAAUACAGGGGUGUGUUUGUUGCGUUUGACUGCAGUACAUGUGUAGUGGAUGCAGUGUGUGUAUAUUGUGUAUUUAAAAAUAUAUAAAAUGUGUGUUCGAUUGUAAGCAUGGAGUAUGUGUGUGAAUGUACAUGUUUGAAUGCAGGUAUGCAUUUGUGUGUAGUGUAUACACUUCCACACACACUGAGACACAUACUCAUACAGUAACACACACGCAUGCAAAUACCCAGACUGACAAAGCAGUACACAUGCAGACACACACAAUGACACGUUACACACACUGACACAGAUACACAGACACUCAUGUACACAGACACACAAAUACAGACACACACACACAGGGUAGGUAAGGGUGACAGUGUGGGGGGGAAGAGAGGGUGGCAGUGGAGGUGAGGGUGACAGUGUUGUGAGGGUGAUAGUGUGGGGGGGUGAGGGUGACAGGGUGGAGGGGAGGUGAGGGUGAUAGGGUGGGGAGGUGAGGGUGACAACAAUGUGGGGAGGUGAGGGUGACAAUGUGGGGGGGAGGUGAGGGUGACAAUGUGGGGCGGUGAGGGUGACAAUGUGGGAGUUGAGGGUGACAAUAUGGGGGGGAGGUGAGGGGGACAGUUUGGGAGGUGAGAGUGACAAUGUGGGGAGGUGAGGGUGAAAGCCAUUCAAAUACCUUUUUCUGCAGUUGGUCUCUUCUCCUUCCUCCCUGGUGGUCCGGUGGCUCUUGCUGUCCUGUCUGCAGCUUCCCCUCCACCGCGGGCAGACCAUGCAGACAUAGUCUCACGAGCUCUGACAGUUACUGCAUGGUCUGCCCGCGGCGGAGGGGAAGCUGCAGACCGGAAGGUGCGCAAGGAUUUCUCCCCAUUUCAGAGGAGCCCUGAACCCAGCGACACAUAUUGCAAGCCGCUGGGCACCCUCUUGGUGUCAGGCCCACCAGAGACCAGUGCGACCCACCAGAAAUCAGCCGGCGACCCACAGUUUGGACCUUAUAAUAAUCUUUAUUCCCAAGUAUGUUAUGUGCUUCAUCUAUAUAGCCCUUCCUGUUCAGUAUAACAAUGCCACAUCCCUUAUCAGCCCCUUUAAUUAUAAGAUUAUUGUUAUUCUUUAAACUCUUAAUGGCUAAUAGGGGAUAUAAUACCACUGCAUGCUGUUUUAUACAGAGCCUUUGUGUCGUGUGUAAGCAAAACAAUAUCAAGAUAUUCAUAGUACAGAUGAGAAAGUCACAGAAAUGGGUCAAGAGCAGUAAAGUGACACAAAUUAGUACUCUCUAGUGCUAGGCUAAUUCCAUGGUAAUAAGCAAGGACUGGACAUUCAGGUAUUUUUCCUCAUUUUAAGUGACUUGUUCCUCCCAUCCCAUCUCCCAUGGAUCCAAAAUUUCCCCCAUCUCAUCCAGUCCUUUCCAGUCCUCACCAUCCUCCCCUCUCAGAGCCCCAGAUGUGAGGUUAUGAUUAAAGUAAAGUUUAAUCAUAGUUUACUUUUUUUGUGGGGAUUGUCUUAAAUCAAGCUGUAUCAUAUGUGAGGGGACAUCCUAAAGACUGUUCCCCAUGUGUAAAGUUUUUGUCGGAUAAUCGAACAGUCCUGGCAACAUACCCCCAGAGGUGAUGGUUGGUACUGGGUAAUUCGGUGGGGGGGGAAUAAAGCAAGGAGGUCAAUAGGUGCGGGACAGGGAGAUCUGCCAAGUGUAGAAUAGAGAUGGAGCAGAAUACAAAGAAAAUAAAGAAGGGGGAAAAGGGGGGGGAAAUGUGCCUGCACCUGUUCGCUGCCCCCGAUUUGCUGCACCCCGAGGCUUACUUGACUUGUGUCUCGUCAUCACGCACCUGGUCCCAGCCUAUCCAGAGACCAAGUGGCUCCUGAAGUUGUCUGUGGACAUGUGUUGUAGCCAGUAACACCAGCUCUGGAUAUAUUUCCCCCUGUCUCUCGUUGUGAUCACUUUCAGAUUCUCAAAUUUCUUUAUGUGUUUUACCUCUUCAACCCACUUUCUGAGCUGGGGUGUACUAAUCAGCCGCCAGAAGAUAGGGAUCACUGCUUUUGCAGCAUUGAGAAGCAUGGGAAAGAAUUAUCUUUUAUAUGUUGCUGUCCACAUUGAGUUACAGUGCAGAAGGAAUGUGGCAUGUUCCAAUGGGAAGAGGUCCUCCGUCAUAACUCUAAUUAUUUGAUUUAUCACUUUAUCAAUGGUUUGAGCAUUUGGCAGUUCCACCACAUUUGUUAGAAAGUUAAUUCCUCCCCCUAUCUCCAGCAGGUGUCAGGUAUCGAGUGGUCCUGCCUAUAAAGGAGCUGCUGGGUCGACUACCUGGUCAGGGCCUUGUAUGAAUUCUCAUGUAGACAGGCUGACACCGAGGCUUUCUGGAUUUGGACAAGUAUGUCAUCCAAUUCUCUGAUCUGUGAACAUGUUGCAGCAUACCGUAAAUCAUUAAGAGGUUUCUGGUUUCUAUUGUCUCCUGCAGGCAUAGGUCUUCUCUUUUCAGGCAUGGCUUUUGGGGUAUCGAUCUGGUGUACUGGACAAUUUAUUCCCAUGCUAGGGAAUGAAGGAAUGUGCAGGUCUGUUCCCCGAAAAGAUUGGUGAGUGGUCUAACUGAGAAUGGGUUUGUGAGAACAUCCAUCAUGCGUUGGAAGGAGAUGUUCCGGAGCAAGUUUUGUAUGGAUAGCUGGUCACCUGCAGGGGAAUCCAAGUUUCCCUUUAGCAGGAGUAGCGGACUAGACUCUGUGGAGAGAUAGUAGCUGCUGCUUCAGUGCCGGACUGUUAAGGUAGCUUUGACGAAUGGGUUGGUGGCGGCUCCUUGUUUCUGAUUCAUGCUGUCUGCUUCAAAGGCUAUCUGAGGUUUGUCUGCUGCAGCGUUGGUCCAGCUGACUAUCUUGGUGAAGUGUGCCACCAUGAAAUAUUUUUCGAAGUCAGGGAGGGCUAGGCCUCAUCGUAGUUUUGGGAGAGCGAGUGGUGAGUGUGCUAUACGAUGUCACCUUCCACUACAAAUAAAUGUGCGAACUUCAUCCUGGACAGAUUUGAAAAACAUCAGUGUAUCCCAGACCAGUACUGUCUGGAAGAUAAACAAUAAUUCCGGUAGCAGCGUCAUUUUGACGGCGUUCACCCUGCCCACCCACGAGAUAUAGCUUGUAUUCCAGGCGCACAGGUACUCUCUCCUUCUUUCAAGGCAUGGAAGAAAGUUUUGGUCAUAUAAAUCCAAAGGGUCUGAGGUGAGUCACAACCCCAAGUAUCUCAUGCGGGAGUCACACCAUCGAAAAGGGAAACGCUCUGUUAAGGACUGAUGGUAUGUGCGACUGACCAAUGUUUUCAGAAAUUCAGAUUUCGAGUAAUUGAUUUGAAGAUUAGAGAUAUGCCCAUAAGUCAAGCACUGCUUAUUUGUAUUAUGCUACUGUUCUCAAGUAAAAUGAUACCCACAUGUAUAUGUUUGCCCCUAGUCCUGCCCAAAUCUCUUGCCUAAUCCAAUCCCUAAUCUAACCACUAAUCCAAUCCCUAAUCUAACCCUUAAUGCAACCUAUAGUCCUUCCCAUAAUAUAACCUCUUCGCCUACUCCUAAUCCUACCCAUAAUUCUACUCAUAAUCCUCCAUAUAAUUCCAGUCCUAAUCCUACCCUCUAAUCCCUCUUCUCCAGGGAUUUCCUAUCUCUGUGAUCCCUCUGUGCUGUGUGAUUGCAGCAUUAGAGGAAGUGCUCACUCUCAUACAGCACUUGCCACACAAAAAGACUGGUGCUGGGGAGCUGGCAGAGCCCAGCACCGAUCCUACAGGGACAAGCAGAGAGACCUCAUGAGAGUCCUGGCGGUGUCCCUGAGACUUGGGGAGGUCUGUGCAAGGCUAUGGGGGAGCAAUUUUUUUAAUGAAAAUUACCACUGAAGCGCUAAUUGCAGCAUUUAAAGGGAUUUCAAGGGCUAUGAGCAGCACUCACUUUGGGAACUGCUCACAGCUCUCCUGUCAGCCUGGAGCCACUAACUGUGACCCCAACUGACAGACGGGGCCUCCAGGUAACAAAAACAGAAAAUGCAAUAGUGAAUACAGUAUGAAGGGAAACUAUAGGUGCUGAACGGAGUUACACUUACAGAAUGCAGACUGGUAAAAUCGCCUUGGGCUGUCUACCCUUAGAAUGAAGGGGGGCUAUUUCAGGACGUUCUGCAUUUUCUGGGGGGUAGAUCUUUGUAUCCUCUGUAUUUGAUUGGUUGUAUUGCUGUAAAAAAGGAUAUUUUAGAGGAAGUUGUUUAUAUUUUAAAUAAGAUAAAUUGUUUUAACCACACAAAACACAGAUCGGUGAGGGUGUGUUUUGUUGUGUUUUGUGUGCAUAUUUAUCAAAAGAAAUCUGGGUGCCCUUGGUACCAGCAGUGAUUAAACCCCUGCUAGUGCAUUUACUGCAUCACGGUCUAUGCCACCACUAGGUGUUAGAGUCCUGCACUGUAUGAUGGCAUAGACCGUCAUGUGAUCUUUAAAGGAACACUAUAGUCCCCUAAACUACUUUAGCUAAAUAAAGCUGUUUUAGUGUAUAGAUCAUUCCCCUGCAAUUUCACUGCUCAAUUCACUGUCAUUUAGGAGUUAAAUCACUUUGUUUCUGUUUAUGCAGCCCUAGCCACACCUCCCCUAGCUAUGAUUGACAGAGCCUGCAUGAAAAAAAAAACUGGUUUCACUUUCAAACAGAUGUAAUUUACCUUAAAUAAUUGUAUCUCAAUCUCUAAAUUGAACUUUAAUCACAUACAGGAGGCUCUUGCAGGGUCUAGCAAGCUAUUAACAUAGCAGGGGAUAAGAAAAUCUUAAUUAAACAGAACUUGCAAUAAAGAAAGCCUAAAUAGGGCUCUCUUUCCAGGAAGUGUUUAUGGAAGGCUGUGCAAGUCACAUGCAGGGAGGUGUGACUAGGGUUCAUAAACAAAGGGAUUUAACUCUUAAAUGGCAGAGGAUUGAGCAGUGAGGCUGCAGGGGCAUGUUCUAUACACCAAAACUGCUUCAUUAAGCUAAAGUUGUUCAGGUGACUAUAGUGUCCCUUUAAGUGGUGAAAUCUUAAAACUUCUUUAACUCCACUAUAGUCACUACAUGUGUAUGUGAUGUGUGUGUUCAUGUGAUGUGUGCUGGCUAUAUGUGAUAUGUGUCUGUGUGGUGUGUGCUGGCUGUGUGUGAUGUGUGGUGUGUGAUGGCUAUAUGUGAUGUGUGUGUACAUGUGGUGUGUGCUGGCUGUGUGUGAUGUGUGUGAUGGGUGUGAUGGGUCUCUGUUUCACCUCUCCCUCCUACUUAGCAUUCUGUAGGGAGUGAGACUAUGGUUGCUGGGAGUCCAGACCUGCCUUGAGAUAGAGUUUAAUUCUUUGCUCACUGACAGAAAAAGGGAGGGUGGCGAGAGAAGAGUGAAAAGCUGGUGGGAGAGAGAAUGGCGAGGAGAUGAAGUUGUUUUGAGGGAAGAUAAACUCUGUAAUAAAGAAGAGAGAAAAUAAAGAAAUGAACAAAGAGAAAUAAAAUGAGGUUUAAACAGUAAGGAUGAGAUGAGAGUAAAGUAAAUGUAAUUGUGUAUAGUAAAGGUGUGAUAUAACGGCCUAUUCUGUAUGACUCUGUUAUCUAACGGAAUAAGGUCCAACUAGGGCAAUUCAUGGGCAAAGAGCUGGGAUUGGAGUAAUUACUAAAUAUCUGUGAUUAUUGUACUGGAUGUCGCUUAUUAUUGGACAAUGCUUCAGGGUGACAUUGUUAACUGUGACCGAUACUGUUUGAUUUGGAAUGGUGAAUGUUUAUAUAAUGUAAUAUAUUUAUUUAUUUAUUUGUAAUUUGUUUUUGUUUUUUCAGAGCACAAAGAAAAGAAUUGCCAGAGCUACAUGCAAAUGUAUAUGUUGUUAUCUCGACAGAAAUAAUAAGUGUCGCAAGAGAUCAGGGUGUCUGGGUGUAUCAAGUGUAAAUUAA